ACUCGAUCUUCUUCAGACAAUGACGCGAGAUCACCCAGCAAGCAGUCAGUUGACCAGCGUUCCGAAGCUUCGCGGUUCGUCAAACAAAACGAGACAAUAUCUCCUCGAACGUCUAUUGACACGAAGUCCGGAAAAACGAACUAAGUGCACAUCUUGGAAACCUCGAUCUCUGAGCUGGCCAUUUUUUGCCAUACUUGUUCUCAUAACGCUGCUGAUUGCUGGGGCUAUUAGGCAUCUGGCUCAGCGAAGUCAAAAACAUGGCGGCCUAGCUAUAUCCGCGUCCAUUGAAGACAUCCCUAAAAUCGCAGAAUGGAGCCAACUAUAUGCGCCUACUGUUGUCGCUGUGUUGUAUGGAUUGAUAUGGAGCUGGUUCGAUCUCGACUCGCAGAGAAUGCAGCCGUGGUUUGAACUAUUCAAAGCCAAUGGCGCCGGUGUUGCUUUUGGCUUCUUCGAGCAUUAUCCGCGCAAUAUCUUGGCCUUGACACCGAUCAAGGCUCUUCGGCAUGGACAUUGGCCAGUCUUCAUCUCUAGUUUGAGUACAAGCCUCGUUAUGUGGGCUAUGGUUCCCUUGCAAAGCGCCAUAUUCUCCAUCCAGUCAAGAAACCAAAUGACUGGGAUCCUUUUAAACAAGCAGUCCAAGUUAGCUGAGCUACCUGACCAGCUUAGUAUCCUGAAUGUAGACACACGAGGACGACUUCGCGGAAACAAAAUCACAGGGGAAACAGUACGUCUUUCGUCUGAGAUCUUCUGCUCUCCUGCGAAAGUGUCUCGCGCCACCUUUGAUAGAAUCAUCAACAGCACCAACGUCGGCAAAUCCGCACACUUUAUCCUUAACGACAAAGGCUGCAACGCCACUGUGUAUCCCCGUUCCUCUAUUCUCGGACAGACUGCAGGGUUGCAAGGCCAGACCUCUGAAUAUGACAUGUUCUAUUGGGGUUCGUAUUCGUCCGACAACUUCCACAGCUUGGAACCUACUGAUGGCGGCUGGCGAUGGGACUUGGCGUCAUUAGAGUGUCCGGAUGUGAAGCACCAGUUUGUCGCCGCGUGGGAUCGCCAAAAAAAGUCAGAUGAUCCCAGUAUUACCUUGGAGCAUGACUUGAGCGCGAUCUGGUGCGCCACUAGCUACUGGAAGCAGCAAGUCCGAGCCACAGUCAGUGCCGAUAAAUUCCAGCUUCUGCUGGACAACAUCGUGGAACUGAAGCCACGUGAGAGGCUUAGUCCCAAGGAGCUCAACAGCUCAGCUUAUGAGACAUUCUUCAGGGGUGACACGAUUGCAAAAGCGACACCAGACUGGACUAUCACAAAUUUCCAGAAUCAUGACGGUUGGAUACUCGAUUUGAUUCACCAGAGACUUUCUCGGAUAAUACAAGGACCCGCUGAAUAUGCACUCGCGGUCGACCACUUGGAUAUUGAGCAAUAUUCUGAUGUCGACGUGCUGACCAAUGCUUACAGCCAAGCAUGGAAGAGGCAUUUCGCGCUCACAGCCAGCCAACUCUUCCGCAACAUGUCAGCCGAGACUGAGGCGGUCAUAGCUAUUGAACAGCGCAGGGCCGCCAUCGUGGUUAGCCGUCCAUUAGCACUGACUGUUGAGAGUCUUCUCUUUCUCGUGGCCCUUUUGACAGUGGCCCUAGCGUGGUUAUGCUAUGCAAGCCCCAGUCACCUACGAUUGAAUCCUUGCUCAAUUUCCAGGAUCAGCCGAAUAGUGUCAAAAAGCCCCGAUGUCAGAAGCUUGUUUAACUCAACCGGCACUUUGCGCACGAAAGAGUUAAUCGAGAGUUUCCAGGUUAAGCGAUUCGCGCUAAGGAGGAAUGAUUAUAGGGGCAAAAACAGGAAUUUCGCCCCUAGGGGUGAAAGUGGCCGUGAGCCUGCGUGCCUGCGCCUAGGGGCGAAAGUAGCUAUAAGCCUACGUGCCUGCGCUACUUAUACUUUCGCCCCUAAGGGUGAAAGUAGCUAUAAGCCUACGUGCCUGUGCCUAGGGGCGAAAGUAGCCGUAAGCCUACGUGCCUACGCUACUUAUACUUUCGCCCCUAGGGGGGCGAAAGUAGCUAUAAGCCUAUAUGCUUAUAUUACUUAUACUUUCGCCCCUAGGGGUAAAAGUAGCCGGGCGAAAGUAGCUAUAAGCUUACGUGCUUACGCUACUUAUACUUUCGCCCCUAGGGGUAAAAAUAGCCGGGUAAAAGUAGCUAUAAGCCUACGUGCCUACGCUACUUAUAUUUUCGCCCCUAGGGGUAAAAAAGGCCUCUUUACCCGACGCUAA